AUGCUGGUGAAAGAUCAGGAGCAGUCCUACACAUUGAAGCUUAUUGACUUUGGUUUGGCCUUCCAUAGAUCUGAAGCAGUGGUGGGCUCUACUCACCAACUACCUUAUUACAGGGCUCCAGAAAUUAUGUUGGGACUCCCCUUCACUGAGGCCAUUGACAUGUGGUCUCUAGGUGCUGUGAUGGGGUUGAUGAUGUUUGGAAAUCUUAUCUUCCCAUGGUUCUUUGAUUAUAAUCAGAUGCAGUCUAUCUGUGCAAUCUUGGGCCAACCAGCAGACCAUCUUCUGGAUGCUGGACUAAAAACAAAGGAGUUCUUCAUCAAAACCUCUAACGGUCAGUGGACUCUCAAGACACAUGGCCAGUAUUGGAAACACAAGAUUUCAUUAGGCACAAAGAAAUUCGCCUUCAGCUCUCUGGAUGAUCUGAUAGCACUGAGUGAGGAACUGGAAAGCGAUGCCGAAGAAUGGAAGCAGUGUGUCCACCUGCUAAAAGCGAUGCUUCAGGUGGAUGCCAGUAAGAGGAUCACUCCCAGUGAGGUCCUGAAUCAUCCCUUCAUCACGAAGAGCUACCUGAAUGAAGUUCUGCAGCCACCAGCCAAUGAGCCCAGUAACAUCAGCAACCAGGCCCUGACUGACUUCAGGAGGACAGAGGCUGUGACUGAAGCUGAUGACAGAAACCAGUCUGACCAGGCUCAGUAUACUCAGGGUGUCAAAAACACCACAUUUGAGUGCCUCAGUGAUACAUUGAGUUGUGAAACUCUAAUCCUGGAUCCUGACCCUGCUGCAGCUUCUGCUCAGGACACCAAAGCCACAAAGGAGAUCCAGACACUCACCACAGAGCAGGAGGACACCAUAUCAGAUGACAGCAAAUCCCACAAAGAGAGGAAGAAGAAGAGGAAGAAGAAGAAACAGAAUACCAUCAGAUGCUUCUUUUCAUGGAUGAAACUGAUAUUUAGCUGUUGCAGCUCUGUGGAAGCUGAAGAGUAGAGUUCUAAACAAUUACAGCAUCAACAGACUAUAUAACUAAUGAAGAUGGGUUGCACUAGUUCUAGAAGGGCAAUAGGGUUCAGUAAACUUAAAACAAACUAAUGCAUUUUAAGCAUGUUCUCCAGCAACAAGAUAUAAGUAUUUACAUCUGUUCCAAAUAGUCAAAGCAAAACUAAAUGCCUGCUGAAAAGCCUGUUACCUGUCCAGCUCUGAAUCUUUAGUGUGUCUUUGUAAUCUUGAACGAGUGAAUUAUACAAGUGAAGAUAACAGUGCACACUUUCAGACAGUCCCUCCUUGAACUUAUUCAUGGUGUUGCACUUAGUCAUACACAGUUGUGUGAGGAAUCAAAAAAGAGAUGAGUUUAAACUCUAAGUGAUCCAAUAAGCACUUCAUUUUAAACAUCAAAAUGUAACAUAAUGAUGGCACACAUGGAGAGGGGUCAUAAAGCCAACAGUCUGAAUCAGUAAUGUCACUUACACAGCCGUAUCUAUCCAGGAGUUGCUAAAAGUCAGUUCAUAAUUUCCUCAUCCACAUGUCUACAUGGGUCCACAUGAUGAAAGCAUGAAUCAAUGGACCCAACCUGCCUUGUGUCAUCAGUCCAUGUGGUAGAAUGGGAGAUUUGCAGAAUGAAUGUGGCAUGAAUAUGCAGCUGAUCCAAAUUAUGAUAACAUGGACCAGAAUCCC